CGGCCCGCCUCCUCCCACGCGCUUGCUCCGCCCACCUCCAGCCGCAGCCUCGCUGGCCCGAGGGCGCGCCCGCCCUUCCUGGCCGCCUGGGCCCAGCGGGGUGGGGGCAGCGCUGGGGGCACGGCCUAGAGCGGAGCCGGGUGGCCGACGCUGCGUCCGCCCUGGGGCCGGGGUGCCGUCGCGCACGGAUGUCCUGCCGCGGGAAGCUGACCUCCGUGCAGUGGCCGAGUUGCCAGGCUGCCCAGGACCGUCCGUGAGUCGGGCUCCGGCGACGCCGCUGGGUGUACCGGCCGCGGCCACCAGGCCCCCUGCCCCGCGUCGCUCACUGCUGCUGUGAAGCGGGAGCCUGCUUAGACGUGCAGUCUUUGUUCAGUGGCUUCUUUAAAGUUUGGCUUUUUUAAUGGAGUGGAAUGUACUUUACCGAAAGUAUUUGAAUUUGCAAGUAACAUUUUAAAGCAGAAUGAAAGCGUAUUAAACAGCAUGAGAAUGGGCAUUAAGAGCGGAAUAGAAAGGAUUUUAGAUGAGACAAAUCCACUUGCAAUGUAAACAAAUUACAAAGUGGAGAGAAGCAAACCAGGAUUUUAAUGAACGUGGGAUUACGCCUGUCAAAAGUUGCCGGUUCCUCUGAAUCUUGUGUGCUUUUUAAAUUGGGGCACAUCGUGCAAAGGUCUAAGAACUCUGCUCUCACUUUAUGACAAAUAUUUUUUUUUCAAAACUUGUCCAGCUACAUUAUGUCACCUUGGUAAUAGGCCAGUGUUUAUUACAUACAUACUCCAUUGGAUACUUGGAUAGUAUCCAGCUUUUCAGUGAUAAAAACAAGACUAUCUGUCUAUUCUGGUAGGUACAAAGGGCCAGCGUGACCUUUGUUAAAUUGUUUCUUUAGGACAGAUUUCUCAGAGAUGAAGUUUUUAUUUAUUUAUUUUUAAGAUUUAUUUUUUCAUGAGAGACACAGAGAGAGAGGCAGACAGGCAGAGGGAGAAGCAGGCUCCAUGCAGGGAGCCCGAUGUGGGACUCAAUCCCAGAACUCCAGGACCACGCCCCGGGCCAAGGGCAGAUGCUCAACCACUGAGCCACCCAGGUGCCCCUCCAGAAAUGGAAUUUUUUAAUUAUAGUGUAUAAAACUUGUAGACUUUCAGUAAAUUUUAUCUAAAAUGCCCUGCUGACAAUUUGAACCAAUCUAGAUUUCCUUACCAUGUGUUUGAGAACAUCUUGAGUUGUUUGUUCUAGAACAGGAAUUGUUAUUCUCAGGCUGAUGAGCCUUGGAAUUUAGGACUCUGCAAAAUUGGCUGGGGAAACAUCAACGUCUUUAUUUUCAGCAACCUCCAGCCGAACGUUUCUUCAGUGGUGAAUGUUCCACGGUGACACUAGCGUGUAGCAGCAGCAGAGCCCAGGCCCCUUCCUGUCCCUGAGCCCCUCACUGCAAAGUUGAACAGAGUUCCAGUCCCCCUACCUCCCCACACCUGUUUAGGACAUGUUAGGUAGUGGGGCACUUAAAGUCAAGAUGUCAUGUGUGCACAUUCUGAGGACAGCUCUGGGCAGGAGAGCAGUCAAGAGCUGCUCCCUGGACGAGUAAAGAUGAUUUAUUAGCCACCUACUCCACGCUGGUCAGAAAACGUUAUGCCUUAGUUCUUGUUUGUGAUACUAUCUGAGAGGGAGAUCACUCAGACCUUUAUCACCAGUGACCUGGGGGUAGCCAGUGCUGCACCCUGUUUCCAGGCAGACUUGAAAUCUACUGUUGGCUCUUAAAGCCAAUUCUUUCUUGUCAGAUGAAGGCCGCUGACCUUUAGUUUUUGCAGGACAAGAAUUGCUUCUCUCUGAAAGCAACUUGAAUCACAUGGUCCAUGAAGGAAGAGGCUGUGGAAGCACGGGAGCUGGAGUCCAGGAAGGCAUUUGUGACCCCACCAGGACUUUGGCCUGAACUGAGCAGGAUUUUCUCCAGAGCUAAUUUCUUCUCCUGGCACCAGACUACGGGUGUGACUGGGAGCAGGACCCAGAGAGCAGGUCCAGGUUCAUGGCCCACCUGCCUCAAGUACCCCUGGCUGCUACUAGGGGAUCCUGUCCUGAGUUGGAGCUUCCUCAGAGCCUCUGGUCCUCACCCCAGAGUCAGCCUAACUCAUGCUGCCCUUGGCCUUGAGGAGACAAGCAUGUCGGCCUCAGCCAAAUCACUGGCACUGGCAGAGCUGGUCCCCGGCCCCGAGGACAAGCCCAAGGGGAGGCCGCUCCUUGCCUGGGGGUCUCUCUUUGGCCACCGCAGUGAGAAGAUUGUUUUCGCCAGGGGCGAGGGAGCCCCUGAGGAGAAUGUGCUCACCAUAACCAUCACGGAGACCACGGUCAUAGAGUCAGACCUGGGCGUGUGGAGCUCGCGGGCUCUGCUGUACCUCACGCUGUGGUUCUUCUUCAGCUUCUGUACCCUUUUUCUCAACAAGUACAUCCUGUCCUUGCUGGAAGGGGAGCCCAGCAUGCUAGGUGCGGUGCAGAUGUUGUCAACUACGUUCAUUGGAUGCAUUAAAAUAUUUGUUCCUUGCUGUUUAUAUCAACACAAAACCCGCCUUUCUUAUCCACCCAAUUUCAUUAUGAUCAUGCUGUUUGUGGGUCUAAUGAGGUUUGCAACAGUGGUUUUGGGUCUGGUCAGCCUGAAAAACGUGGCGGUUUCAUUUGCUGAGACGGUGAAGAGCUCUGCUCCCAUUUUCACUGUGAUUAUGUCCCGGAUGAUCCUGGGGGAGUACACGGGGCUGCUGGUCAACCUCUCCCUCAUCCCUGUCAUGGGAGGCCUGGCACUGUGCACGGCCACAGAGAUAAGCUUCAAUGUCCUGGGGUUUUCGGCUGCAUUGUCCACUAACAUCAUGGACUGUUUGCAAAAUGUUUUUUCAAAAAAACUCCUGAGCGGGGACAAAUACAGGUUCUCGGCGGCAGAGCUGCAGUUCUACACCAGUGCCGCAGCCGUGGCCAUGCUGGUUCCCGCCUGGAUCUUCUUCAUGGACUUGCCAGUGAUCGGCAGAAGUGGGAAGAGCUUCAGUUACAGCCAGGAUGUCGUGUUGUUGCUGCUGAUGGAUGGUGUUCUGUUCCACCUACAGAGUGUCACGGCCUAUGCCCUCAUGGGUAAAAUUUCCCCUGUGACUUUCAGUGUCGCCAGCACCGUGAAGCACGCCUUGUCCAUUUGGCUCAGUAUUAUAGUGUUCGGCAACAGAGUCACCAGCCUGUCAGCCAUCGGCACCAUCCUCGUGACAGCUGGUGUCCUGCUCUACAACAAAGCCAAGCAGCGCCAGCGGGAGGCCAUGCAGAGCCUGGCUGUGGCCACCAGCCGGACACCAGAGGAUGAAGGGGAGCCAUUGACCUCCAAGGACCUCAGACCACACCACUGAACUCUGGAAGCCUCGGCAGGUGCCCAGGGCCCCGAGGCGCCGCCCACUGCUGCUGUCCUCCUCGCUGACACGGACAUCCAGCCUCCUGGGCCAGUGGGGUGCAGGAGGCCGAGGGAUGUGCCGCCUUCCCUGCUCCUUUCUUGGGUUUUCAGUGAAAACCAAUGGGAACUAGAACAGGGAUCCCAAAUGUCAGCUUCCUGGGGUGGAGACCAGAGCCAGCUGCUGCUGAGCCAUGGCCACGUAAUGUGAAAACCCCCUCCUGCUGACCCUGUGGUGAGCACAACUGGCUUCUGCACGCUCUCACCAGCACGCAGAGCUGGCUGCAGCGAGCCCAGGUCCUAGUUCCUCUGUGGGUAACAGCCACAGCUGCCAACAUGCACCAUUCCUGCUGCUUGGUGCUUGCCAUUGGAGGCCAGUGAAGGCAUGCCCUGCCCUUCCACCAUCUGGGGAGACUGCCCUGCUGAGACAGGCCGAAGUGCCCACUGCCUGGGUUGGAGGCCACAGCAGCCAAGUGACCACAGAGUCAGGAAAUAAUGGAAAGGGAACAGAAGGGCACAGUAAUAAGGGUCCCUGCUGCUGACAGCAGGCUGUUGGGCCCUUGCCUUCCUGCCCUCCCACCCAAGGUGUCCUCUCCACCCCAAAACUCCCAACAUCCACUACCACUUAGGGAAAGGCCACUUGUGGAAGGGAAGGUGCCCUGCCCCUUCCAGGAUCUCUGCUGCACUAGGCCCCCUACCUCCUGAGGGUCCCAACCCUUACCCGUGGCAGGCCUUCAGUCAGGGACCCCUAAUGUAGUGAUUGCUGGUUCCAGAGGUGGAGGACAGACAUGUGGCAUUUACUCAGGACAGGGAUAUACUGACAUUCCUUUUUGUUUUUUUGGGCCCCUGUGUGUAACCUAGAGGUGCUCCUGCCAUCAUCCUGCUCGUCAGGGCCCACACCAUACUUUGUCUUGUGGACAAGGGUGUUAAAGGUUUCCCUCAUGAAUGAAUGAACAGGGAAGCACUGGGAAGAAUAUUUGGAGUGUUCACAGUUUUUGUCACACUGCACUGAAAAUGACAGUGAAGUUUUUAAAGAAGGAAGCAGGUGGCUUCUGGAAGGCAUCCCCCACGGCAGGUAACCCACACUGAACCUGCUGCCUGGCUUGGCCUGCUUCCCACCUCCCAGAACAGACAGUCCACCACACUGGGUAUCGGAGUCCUCUGUUGAGUUCAGGCUCCUACCCUCUUCACUCUGUUCAUCUCACAUCCUGGUGGGAUUUCUGAUUGAGGCGCAGUCUGCUACCAGCCAGGCUUUGCAACCUCUCCAUGGUGACAAGCUCAAGCACUGGGGCAUGUCACCUACAGCCUGACUUCAAGGACGGAGGACAGAGGACAUAGUCUCUGAGUCCUGCCCCCACUGAGUGAACCAGCCAACAUGAGUGCCUCAGGCACUAAUGGCUCCCUCAUCUGAUUUCCUCUCCCUGUUGUUCACAUCCUUGGCUCCCAUCAUCUCUUCCCUGGUUUUCCAGUUGGCUUCUCGACUGGAAAAUGUAAAAAUAGGCCCUCCUAGAGAUCAAUCUCUUGGACACAAAGAGCAAUAAUCACGUCUCAUUAACUUCUGCCUACUUGAAAAAGCUUGCCAUGAUGAUGGGUUAAAAUUAGACCUUUAAAACUACAACCUUUUUUUUUUUAAUCAAUGCCCAUUAUUUUCCGCCAAAAACAAAUAAAAAACUACAACCUUUUUAUGAAGUUGACUUCCUGUGUCUAGAGGACAGGCAGGUGUGUGCUCGCCUGCAUACCAAGCUCACCUCCACCAUGAAGCUGUUUCUAAUGAGACUUUCCCCAGGUUUCUAUCCUCUUUCCUCUCUGCUUCCUUCAAAAACAACAGCGAAGAGGACUCACUGGAGGUGGAUGGGGUGGCAGGAUGUGCGUGGAUCUGUGAGGACCAGGGGAAAGCACAGCUUCCACAGGGCCGUGCCCCUGCCCUUCAAGAAUGUGGCUUCCAUGGCCAGCUACUGAUGGGAUGUGAGCAGAGAUCACAUCUGCGGUCGGUCAUCCUGCUGCAAGAUGAUUUCUGUUGCCUGUCUCAUGGAUGUGGUUAUUUGAGUGUAACCAGAUGGGCAGCGCCUGCUUCUGAGCCUCAUGAGAGACCUGGGUCCAAGUCUCCUAUGGAACCAACCACCCUGCACGUCACCUGCCCUGUCUCCUCACAAGUGGCUGUCUGCUAGUUUUGAUUUUCCAGAUUCUUGGAUCAGAAACAAAAUGAAGAUUUUUUUUUCUAAAGUAUUACAAAACGAGGUAAUUUCCAACAAAACUGCUUUUGAGACAUUGCCUCAGAACACAAGCUAUGGUCAGCACUGCCCUCGCCUGGGGCUUACGUUCCUUCUUCCAUUGACUGGUCUCCGCCCUGAAGCCGUCCACAUCCUGCAUGUCCAGGACAGUCCUGCCAGGAGACAAAACCCAUGGCCUGUCUUGGCCAUUUGUUGAAUGAAUGUAUAGACGUAUGUUUUUUUAUUAGCUCUAUGUAGUAGUGUUUAUAGUAUGUUCUUAUUGAACCAUUGAAGACAUGCUUGUAUCAACAUUGA